AUGGCUCCCGUCACAACCAGUCGUUGCGACUUGACACCGUCGUUCCUGCUACAGACUCGAAAGUCAAGUAUGGAGAAUUCGACUCAUAGGGCGCAGAUCAAAGACGACACUUUAGCGACACUUUCCAUGACAUUGUCCAGUCGAUCACCUAAUGAUUACAAUGAAGACAAGGAAAAAUUAAGUAAAAUGGCUGCAGCUGUUACGACAUUAUUGGAAUGUAUUGGCGAAGAUCCAGAACGUGAAGGAUUACAAAAGACGCCCAUGCGAAUGGCAAAAGCCAUGCUUUAUAAUACAAAAGGAUAUGGUCAAAAGCUAACGGAUGUUUUGAAUGAAGCCGUGUUUGAAGAAGAUCAUGAGGAAAUGGUCAUUGUACGUGACAUUGAUUUGUAUUCCAUGUGUGAACAUCACAUGGUGCCUUUUGCAGGGAAAAUUCAUAUUGGGUACAUUCCUAAUGGAAAAGUCUUGGGAUUAAGUAAACUUGCACGUGUGAGUGAAAUCUUUUCAAGACGUUUACAAGUUCAAGAGAGAUUGACCAAACAAAUUGCUACUGCUAUUAUGGGUGUCAUUGAACCAAAAGGUGUUGCUGUUGUGAUUGAAGCGACACAUAUGUGUAUGGUCAUGAGAGGAGUGGAAAAGAGUGGAGCAAGUACAGUCACGAGCUCGGUUCUUGGCGUGUUUAAGAGUGAUCCACGGACGAGAAGUGAAUUUAUGUCACUUAUUCAUAGCAGGAGAUGA